CUCUGUCAUUAUCUGGGACCAGCCUGCCGCCGUUCUGCUUAGUUGCUCUGCCUUGUUGCCUUGUCCAGUUGCUCCGCCUCACCGUUCUGCUUAGUCUCUCCGCUUUCCCGCUCCGUUAGUCACUCCGCCUCUGCCGCUUUGUGACAGCAGGCAGCAGCAGCAGGAUAUAAGGAUAGUCCGGACAUGAUCAAGUUUCUUGUAGAGCACAAUGCACAGGGAGGAUGUUAUGGGAAUACAUUGCAGGCAGCAGCAUACUGGGGAAAACUGGAUAUUGUGAAAUAUUUAGUUGAACAUGGUGCUGAUGUUAUGGCCCAGGGAAUUCAUGGAACUGCAUUGCAAGCAGCAGAAUGUGGGACAUAUGAUGAGAUUGCCAAGUUCUUAGAACGUUGUACCACCUAGGCCUCGAUAAUGAAUACACUGGCACAGGCUUGAAGAGGUCCCACUCUGUAGAAUGAAGCUGAGACAAGAUCAAAGCCCUGGAUGGACUCAUUAGUUUAAAUAAAUAGUACACAUAUUGGCCUUAAUAAUACUAUGUAUGUUCCAUCCUCCUUCCCUUUAUCUCUAAAUAUUCUCUACAUACAUUUCUCUAUCUUCUCAUCUUCCUUAUACAUACAUAAUCACCUUUCUAGCCACAAGUCCUAGUCAUAUCUCCCAAUUUGCUUAUGGUUGUCCAAUACUUUUUUUUUGAUCAUUCUGUUUACCUAUACAUAGAUACUUGUGACUCAAAU